AUGGCUGCGGCGGCGGCGGCACCGGCCCCUCCGAGCCCCACCGGCGGCGACGCGCAGCGCCCGUCCCGCGGCGGCGGCGGCGGCGGCGGCGACGGCAAGAGCGGCGGCCCGGGCGCGGUGGAGCUGGCGGCGGCGCGGCGGAGGCUGGUGGCGGCCGAGGGGCGGCGGCGGGCGGCGGCCGAGCUGGAGGGGCGGGUGCGGCAGGUGCACUGCGCGCUGCUGCACGCCGAGCUGCGCCUGGCCGCCCGCGCCGAGACCCUGGGCCGCCUCGGGGCCGGCGUGGCCCAGGCGCAGCUCGCCCUGGCCGCCCAGAGCCAGCGGCUGCAGAAGGGGCUGCGCCGCCGCCCGCGGCCCCGGCCCGGGGCGCUGCUCGCCGCCGCCCGCGCUCUCCGCAGCUGCGUGCCCUGGGCCCCCGCACGGAGCCGCGGGGCCGCCGCCGGCACCCCCGUGCGCCGCCUGCCCGCCGCCGGCCGCGCCUCUGCCUAG